UUUAAAGCGCUUGACAGGUGCGCUGUGCUGUAUAGACAGCUAAAACACAGACAUAACCGUAAAUAUAAUCAUUUUCUUCGGUCACGGAUUUCAUUUUCCUUUAAAGCAUAAUAUAUUUGAUGACAAUAAUGGUAGUACUGUAUGAAACGUACAGUAAGUUGAGUUUAUCUUCACUGGAACUAACUAAACUUCACUUCGCAAAGCUAUCCAUUUCCACCAGCUCUCUAGACAUGACAGUCAAGUUUGACACUAGCUGACUAAGAAAAAAAGUUACGUUCUUUUUUUUUUUUUUUGUUUGUUUGCUGCGCUAAUGGAAAGUCGAAAGGCUUGCUUGAUCAUACGGCUGAAGAAAUAAAGAGCUGAAAACAUGGCAAAAUGGGAGUUCACAAUGGACCCAGUGCAGGAGUGGGGAGAGGAGGUGGAAGACGGUGCCAUUUAUGGGGUCACUCUUCACCGAGAACCCAUCCAGCCCACACCUGAUGCCGCUGAGAACUCAUCUGCCUUCGGCUUCAUGCAGUAUCGCACACUGAAGGUCCGCAGGCUUAAAGCAGCCACUCUGGAGCGUCUUGUCACAGAAUUGGUGAACCCGGAGUGCCCUGACCCAGACUACAUGCAAAUCUUUCUCUCCACCUACAGAGCCUUUACCUGCACAAAUGCUCUCAUAGAACUCCUUUUUCAAAGAGAGGACAUGGUCACCAAUCUGGACAACAGUGUCUGUUUAAGAAGUUCUCUGCCCUGUCUGAUCCGUCUGUGGUUAGACGAGUAUCAAGAGGACCUUCGGGACUCUCCAGAUCACCAGGCUCUUCGGCUGCUCUGUGUUCAUCUGCGUCAUCGCCUUUGUUUCAGACGUCUUGUUCAUCAAGCCGAUGCUCUUCUCAGAAAAUUUCAGACUGAAGGUACAUCAGCAGAAGCCAGCACAGCUGCUGUAGAGAAUCAGACAACUGAGGACACCAUGGACAGACAGGACAUAAAAGAGAUGAGGGAUGUACUGGGCUUCCCUGCACGAGACAUUGCUGAGCAGCUCACACUAUUAGAUGCUGAACUCUUUGUCAAAGUGGUUCCAUUUCACUGCCUUGGCUGCAUUUGGUCUCAAAGGGACAAGAAAGAGAAUCGGAAUCUUGCGCCCACGGUUCGUGCCACCAUUGCCCAGUUUAAUACCGUCACUAACUGUGUUAUCAGCUCUCUGCUGUGCUCUCCUUCCACAUCCCCUCCCGGUUCCCCGUCCUGCACUCGUAGCGGCCCUACACACAGGGCAAAGAUUAUUGAGAAGUGGAUCUCUGUCGCUCAGGAGUGCCGUCAGUUGAAAAACUUCUCCUCUCUGAGAGCCAUCUUAUCUGCUCUUCAGUCUAAUGCUGUUUACCGCCUAAAGAAAACCUGGGCAGCAAUCAGCAGGGAAAGUAUGGCUGCCUUCAAUCUCCUGUGUGACACAUUUCCUGAUGAGAACUGUGUGCUGGUCAAUCGAGAGAUCCUUGUCGAAGAAGGCAACCAGGCAGCUGAUGCAGACACUCACACCGCUUCAAAGUCUCCCAGACUCAGUCCUGCAUCUAAGCACAUGACCCCCUCCAGUGGUGAGGUGCCGUACCUGGGCACUUAUCUGACCGUUCUCACUAUGUUGGACACAGCGCUAAGUGAUAAUGUAGAGGGGGGUCUGAUCAACUUUGAGAAACGCAGAAAGGAGUUUGAGAUUCUGUCUCAGAUCAGGCAGAUGCAAGCGUCAUGUGCUCAGUACAAUCUCCAGUCACAUCCUCGCAUCAUUUCCUGGAUCAACAGCAGCAUACCUCUUUCUGAUCAGAAGAGCUAUGAGUUGUCAAGAGAACUGGAGCCACCAGUUGACCCCUGUCCCAGCUCUCCCAACACCUGGAGCCACCGGCUCAUCACCAAGAAACUGACCUCAUUGCUGUCUGGCAGUGAGAACUUCUCAAAGAAGACUUUUGCUGAUCAGAUCAGUGUAUCAUCCUCUGGCUCCAGUGGUUCAGAUAUGGAAGAUCUCAGCAUCCCCAACCUCUCACCCCUUAGAUUCAAAGUACAGUCACCAUCUGUAUCCUGUCAGGACACCUCAGUAGACACACCCACCUCCUCUUCUCCGACUCCGCCCAGCUCUUUUCGAAGAUGCCUACAGGCGGAUCUGUCUGCCCUGAACCCUGACAGCCCCUCGCCAACUUCAUCAGCAUCAUCUCCAUCAUCUUCAUCAUCCUCUCCUUCUCUCAAACAUCCCAUGUACAACAAGCAGGUCGCCGAUUCUUGUAUCGUCAGAGUCAGUGUGGAAUUUGGCAACAACGGAAAUGUUUAUAAAAGUAUUUUGAUAACCAGUCAGGACAAGACAGCUCAGGUGAUUCAGAGAGCUCUGGAGAAACACAACUUGGAAGAGAUGAACUGCCAGGAUUUUAGUCUCACACAACUGGUUUCUAAUGACAAAGAGUUGCUGAUCCCAGACAAAGCCAACGUGUUCUAUGCCAUGUGCACCACUGCCAACUUUGACUUUGUGCUUCGCCAGCGUUACAAAAAUCUCUGCAGAGCUCCUGGAUCAUCCUGGAGUCCUGGAGCAGUUUUGAGGUCCCGCAAGUAACAGCACCGUGAUGACCACAUAAUACGGAAAAACUUGUUUUAAAAGUCAACAAAGACUAUAUAACCACAUGGACAACUGUGAUAAGCUGGUGACUACUGGAUGUCGAAGCUCUGAUAAAUUUAAAAACAGACUGAUGGAUGCAUCAUUGAGCUAUGAAACACACUGGAGUCACAAUCUCUGACAUCAUCUCACCCAGUAAUGUGUCAUUGACUAAUAACAUGGAAACCGUAGCUUUCUACAGCUGCCAAAACAACAGUUCUGAUUUAAAACCAGUUAAAACUGGAGAAAGAAUGACUCAGAGGGUCUGAAAUAAGGACCUAGGGAAGUUGCAAUAAAUGGCCACAUCUACUGCCGGUUUAUUCAGAGGUUUUGCUUUGAAAGGAGGGGUCACACACGUGAUACCUGAGUUGUUUGUACAUUUGUUUGUAUUUGGAUGAACACAUUUGUUUUAAAUGUGACCUACAAAUACAAGCUUUUAUGUAGCUAAUAUUCAGCGAUAGGUAAAAAGUGAAUAGAAAUGUAUAUUUAUGUUGUUUUCUAAGUGACAUAAUAAUUUUGAUAUAAUAUAUUUUAUUUAGUUUUAAUAUAAUUUUCAAAAAGUUCACAUUAUUUUAAUUGCAAUAUUUAAUAUUUUGAUGCAUUUCAGUUUUAGAGUAUUUAAUUUAACUUAUAUAUGUGCACAUUAAUCUCGUUUUGUUUUUUGUCUUUUUGUGUUGUUCCUUUCAGCUCUUUCUUUUUUAGCUGCAUUUAUGUGCAAUAAUCUCAAAGCUGUUUCUCCUCUAAAACUUUUGAAAAAGACUUUUGGCAUUUGUGCCUUUUUCCUAAUGAAGGAUGCUUGCAGUUCUUUAACACUUUUUUUUUUCUCAAGUUGAAUAUGUUCCGUUGUUUUUCUAGUAGUGUCAAAUAAAGUAACUCAUCCAUAUUGGAUAUCUUGUGAAUUUCUGAGCAAAUGCAAUUCAGAGAACUGAGCACUGGGUGCAAUAGAUGAAUCUCACCGACUGUGUAUGUGUUUUGUGAAAGUUAAAGUAAGUUAGCUGCUGAAGUAUGUGAAAUGUAAGUGCUUGGUCCAUGAAACGUUUUGCUGAUAAAUAAUGGUGCAGGUGUAGUGUGUCUUGGAAGCUACAGUAAGUGUUUUUUGCCAAAUGGAAGGGGCCUGUGUCAGCAUUAAAGGCACACUUUUACUGCUUGCACAGAAAGCCACAAUUCCUCACUGAAAUGUGUGUCUGUCUUUGUGUCAUUAAAAAGUUAAUUUGGCACUUAGAGUUGUCUAU